GUCAUUGGCUGCGAGCCGACUCUAGCCUGAAAGGUCCCAAAUGAGGAGACCAAGCAGCAACACGACAAAGUUGAGCCUUCCAGCCGGAGUGACCAGAAAAUGCCCUCCGCAUUGAGCAGCUCCCCCAUUUGCCACGCGAGAUUCCCGUCUUUAUCCUCGCGUGCCUGCGCCAUCCCUCGUGGCUACCCGAGUCUUUUUGUCUCAGUUCCAGCACUGUAUGUAGCUGCCACACCACUACUACAACACUAUCUCGGGCAAAGGGAAAGGAUCGCCAAACGGCCAGGGCCUUAACACGCUGAUCUUGAUCCCGCUUCCAACUCCAAAUUCGAAAGCAGUCUAGCACUGCAUUGGCUGCACGCGGCAUAUCGUGAGCGCCAUCAGCACCAGGGCAGCGGAGAUGGAGCCAUAUGCGCACACCACAGACGAAUUGGACGAUAUGGUAGAGACACUUGGCAGGUUGAACACAGCAGGAUCCAACUUCUCGCGCCGUGCACCCUCGGUGUCAUCGUCCGUGGACGAGCGGUUCGAUGGACGACGCAGAAUUCCCUCGUCGGGUUCGAUGCCGGUACCGCGCAGUCCCGAGUCACCGAGGUAUCCUGGCGAGGAUGACCAACUCCGCUUUUCCCCCUACGGGUUUACAGAGCGCAUGUCGACGUCAGGGUCGAUGCAGCCUCCCAGCACCCCAAGGUUUCACCGCAAAGAUUCGUACGCAUCCGAAAGACGGCCGUCCAGGGGUUCAUCGGCUGGCUACAGCCUGUACCCCGCCCAAAAGCAGCCGCCCCUUACCAAGCCGCUCCCGCCACUCCCGGUGCGCCAGAGCUCGUGCCGCGUCUCGUCGCAGCCGUCGAUUGACAGUUCAGAGCCGGGAUCAGGGGAUACAUCCCGUUACUCUCAGUCCUCAAGGGGCAGCACGCUGGAGCGGGUGUCCACAUCUGGUAGCGCCAGCGUAACGCCGUCCACCCCCGCGGCACUGGUAACACCGCCAGCGCCGCUUGCCGAGUUCCGCACAGCGCUACAAGCGACGCAGCCGCAACACAGCUCCUCGCCUGUGAACCUGGUGCCCUGGAAACAGCUGGUCUCGAACGAGAAGCCGCUUAAAGAGCCUUCGGUUUUCUUCUUUGACAUCUCCACGACCUCCGCAACCCUGGCCAGCAAGCAUGGGAACAACAUCAUCAGGAUAUGGUCCGUCGGCAGUGGCGAAGUGCAAAAUAACCUCAAGAUAUCCUGCUACACCACCGCCCAACCGCGCUCGCGCGAGUAUUUUGUCCGCAGUCACGCGAUCCUGUCCGAGCCCUCCAACUUGAUCGCAAUUGCCACCGGGUUCGGCGAUACACUGGAAAUCUGGGACUGGGGCAAGAAGAAGAAGCUCCAGACCAUCGACAACGCUAACCGCUGGGCCGCAGUCCGAUCUAACGUCAUGGAAGCUGGCUGGUGCCCUUUGGCAAUCUACAACGGCGACAACGACACGCUGGAUCUCUAUGCGUCGACCCACUCCAAGAAGCCAUUUAAGAAGUCCCGCACCAUCGAAUUCCGAAAGGCCAACCUCCCCAUCAUGCCCAAAUACCCCGAGCUGGCCUUUUCCGCCACAGGCCCGCUCCUCGUGACCGCGUCCGGGCCCCGGCCACCCCGCCUCGGCCACCCGCCGCCCGAGCGCGAGACCCUGCUCACAGCGUGGGAAAUCCACGACGGCGCGCCGUCAGACACCCCUUACAAAGUCGUCGCUCCCUGGCAGCACAGCGAAAUCGACACCGCGCUGCCGUCCGGGCUUGCCACCUACGGGUCCGUAGCAGUCUCCAUCUGGAUCCCGGCCUCCUACCGCGCCGUCCCGAUCCCGGCCGACCGCGGCGGGAACGGGUACAACCUCGUGCCCGUCCCGGUACCGUACCGCCAUGUGCUGGUCUGGGACUUCUCUGCCUCCUCGACGAAGACCUUCCGUAUCCCCAACGCUAUGUCGUGUGUCUCGCCCGACUGCAGGUUUGUCGCCUACUGCGACGCGCGCGGCGUGGAAAGCGGCGCGAGGGGGUGUCUGGCGCUUCUGGAUGCCAUGACGGGACGGCAGCUGUGGUGCUGGCCUGAUCCAGAGGCCGGGUACAUGGAGAGCGGGGUGCAGAAUCACCUGUCGGACCUGAGCAAGGUGACCGAGAUGUGCUUCUCGGCGGACGGCGGGUUUUUGUUCGUUGGUGAUGUGGAUGGUGGGAUUGCCGUGUUUGAGGUGAGGGAAGGGGACGGGAAAGGGGCCGGAGGGUCAGGGGUCAGUGUCAGGGGCGUGAGGAUGUGAGUCUGGUUCCCGUCUACGCAAAGCGGCGGUCACCAAGGGGGAGGAAGAUACUAUCUCGGGAACCGAUGCCCUGUUUGGUAUCUGGGGUUAUGUAUCAACCUGAUAUACGGGCUAUCCCAGUACGGGAACUUUGGCUGCGAAUGGCGUUCUUGGAUGGAUGGACAGGUGGUCUCCGUGUUCGAGGUCGCGCCGAACGCUGGCCUCGAUUGUGCCGGUAUAGCGCAACUUUUGGUAUUGCACUUAUGAGGAUAGGAUACCCUCUUUGCGUCCCGCAAGACGUCUCAUGCACCGGUACGGCAUGAUCUACACGUGUGACUCCGUCGGAUAUGCCACUGCUUCAGGAAGUUCUGGGAGCAGCAGAAGGCGGACUUCGGGCCUCUUGAGCGAGCUCCAUUGGCUAAGGUAGUGUACAAUACAAGGCUACUCUUCCAGCCGCUUCGCCGAGGUAACGCCCAGCCCCCUGCUCCUUUAACAAAAAGGUACCCGUC